AUGGUUCGUAUGAAGACAAUCGCACGAAACUACGUUUACUGGCCAGGACUAGAUGGUGAAAUCGAGGACUAUGUUCGACCAUGGCCCACACCAGAGAAACCAUGGACACGUAUACACAUCGACUACGCUGGACCGGUUGAUGGCAACUACUUGGUCGUUGAUCCCUUUUCCAGAUGGCCCGAAAUAGUUCUCACCAAGUCGACGACUGCAAAAGCUGCUAUCAAGCACCUCAAACAGAUGUUCGCUACAUUUGGAAUUCCGGAGACCGUAGUAAGUGACAAUGGUACACAAUUCACCAGUUUUGAAUUCCAGAAAUUCUGCGAAUCUUUUGAAAUCCAUCACAUCCGCACGGCACCAUACCACCCGCAAUCAAACGGAUUGGCUGAACGUUUUGUGGACACCGUCAAAAGAAGCGUGAAGAAGAUUUGCUCAGGAGGAGAGUCCCUAGAAGAUUCACUUCAGACGUUUCUAACCGUAUACCGUUCCACUCCAACACCGGAUCUUGACGGACAGUCACCCGCUGAAAGAUUGUUAGGAAGUUCAAUACGAACAGCUCUUUUGAAACCUCCAGAACGUCAGCAGCAGUCCAAGAAAGUCGAACGGAAGGGAGGUGCUACCAACCGUCCGGAUUCUCCAAGAUGCUUCAAACAAGGCGAUACGGUGUAUGCCCAAGUUCACCAAGGCAAUUCAUGGAGCUGGAUACCUGGUAGGAUCAUCGAGCGUAUCGGAAAAGUUAAUUACAACGUUUUGCUGAAUCGAAAUAGUCGUCUGAUCCGGUCGCACAUCAAUCAACUACGAAAUCGAGUUGAAGUUGAAGAGCAACCGUUACAUCAAGAUUCACCACUCACGGUUUUCCUCGAUGAAUUUGGUCUUCGACAAAUGCCGACUACAGAAUCAAGAAAUAAAGUUCAAAUACCUGCUGGUGUAGAUGUUCCAAUGGUUCCAAUCGAUGAAGUUUCUCCCUUACCGGUACCCGAGUUGGUAGAACCCAUACCCGAACAAGAUGAACUACAAAAUAAACCCAAACCAGAACCGGAAGAUGAAGAACCUCGUGCAAACCCAGAAACACCGGAACGCCCUAGACGAUUGCUUAGGCUACCAUCCAAGCUUCAAGGAUAUUGGUUGUUUUAG